GAUCAAUCCGUUUUUGCAGACUUGAAGCAAGAAUAAGCUCACCACCCCGACGUCUUCCCUGGGAUGACAUGAUAGGGGAAGAAUGGAAGCUUUCCUCGAACGCGCCAAGUCAGUGCUGAAAUGCGUUCAGUUGGGGAAUUCGCACAUAUCAGCAGAUGAUCUGGUUUCCUGCCGCGAACCCCUCACCGUUAGCGAAUAUCAAACACGAAGCACGCACCUCUGGUCCCACUGAAAGCAGGAGACUCUCUGACUGCGUCUCACUGGAUCCAUAUGCUUGAGGUCGACCGGUUUUUAUAGUUACGUCUGACGAACUCCGGAUGCUUCAACUCCACAGUCAUCCCAUAAAACUGCAGGAAUGAUUAUUGCUAAGAUCCAAACGCAAGUAAAUAAACAACCCCGUUGAUUAUGCUCACCCUCCUUAUCGGCUUCGGCGCCAUCGCCGGCGCCUCAGAGGGUAUAAAAGCAUCCCAGAGAAAAUCCAGGCGAGAAGAACACCGCAGCCGAAAGAACAACCUCAUUGUGCACUGCCCCAAGUCAUCCGAGCAUAGCAUGGUCCUCGAGGGUCGCCGGGUUGUUCUCUCUGGGGACAAGAUCUACAUCGACACGGGCAAGGACCACGACAUGCCGUUCGGCCACCCAUUCGCCGGCUACUAUCUCGCGUACCCCGACACCAACUACGUCGGCCUUGUCUCCACGAUCACGGACGAGGCGCCCAUCAUGAACUGGGUCUUCGUCCACCGCGAGACCUACGAGCUGAAGUUCGGGACGCGGCAGUUCUCCGAGGGCAACUUCACGGGGCCCUUUGAUUGCACCCGGCAGGACAGGAGGCUGACCUUUGGUGGCUGGGAGGGCUUCUGCGCCGUCAAGGAGGGGAGUUUCUGGGCCGUGUAUUUUGACCGCGACAGCGACAAGCUGAGGUCCAAGAUCAAGGAUGGGACUCCCGUGAUCGAGAUUGAGCUCAUACGGAAGGAGAUCAGGGCGAGCAAGCCCGAGGCGGCACCUCAGUCACAGGAGGGGAAGGGCGAGGGGGAUUGGGGAAAGGAGCCGAAUGGGGUGCCGCACAAGUCUCAGGAAAAAGGAGACCCGGAGCGAAGCGAGGAACCGGAACUUCCCCCAAGUCCAGAUGUCGAGUAGUGUCUGAGGGAGUAAAUGGGUUCGUCAUCUAGAGAGUCUAGAAAGGUAGAAAUAUGUCUGCUAGUUCGCAUGCAAAACGGUUGCAAAGUAGCACCAAUUCAUCCAAGUUAAGGC